GCCGAAACAAAAUGGCGGUUUCUUCCAGGUUUAUAAAAUAUGGAAUGCAGCAUAUAAAGACGUAUAUAUGGAGAACUUACUGUUCUGCUGUUGCAAAUGUACCUCGAUCUUGCAGAGGUUUAGUUUAUACGGAAUAUGGCGACCCUGCUAAAGUUAUAAGGUAGAAAAACUCCAGAAGUAGAAUCCUCAAUCCUAGUCCCUAGAUGAGCAGAUAUUUGCUACUGGCUAGCUAGUUCAGUAGACUGUAUUACUGUACAUUAAUACCUGAGCUACUUCAGUUAAUUUUUUACCACAUUUACAACUAUUUUUGAAAUGUAGAAAUUAAGUAAUAAAUUUGCCCAAAAUUUUAAUAUCUAAAGUGAUACCCCUGACCCAUGACUGGAAAGUUUGGAAAUUGCACGGGGAUGAUUUCGAAAAUUUAAUAGUAAAUAUAUAGAAAGCAUCAAAAUUGCGUGGAGAAGAACUUCCCUGCGCACAGCAAAGAUUCCAGUCUGGGCCGUCACUGAUACCCCUCAUGUCGUCACAUUUUUCUCUUUUGACUACAUGAUUACAUCACAAGAGGACACAUACCUGAGAACUGCACACCCCCCACUGUGGUGUCAUGUUAUUGCUUGAGCUCUCUAUUAAUAAUAUAUAUAUCUUCCAUCAUAAGAUAAAUAUAUGUCUUUUCCAAAGAGUGACCAAGUUGGGGUCUGUUGCUUGGGGGGUUCAGCUAUUCUCUAUCUGAAUGCAGUUCUGGAUCUUAAAGUCAAGAUAUUGUUAUGAGCCCCUAGCUAGGAAAUUAAUCAUUCAUUCUCUACCUAAAAGUGUUUAUCCAUCAACCAUCAGUUUGCAGGAUUUUGAAUUACCAGAGUUUGAUGAGCAAAGUGUGUUUCUAGAGAUGUUGGCCACACCCAUAAAUCCUGCAGAUCUCAAUAUGGUACAAGGUAAUUUAGCUCAGAACUAAUUUAAGUUAUUAAUUAAAGUUAUUAAUAAACCUGCAUUCUUGUUUUACCAGUGCUCAUCUUACAUACCGGUAUGCAUUACAUUAGGUACAUAUCCCAUCAAGCCUUGCCUGCCAGCAGUUGGUGGUAAUGAAGGUGUAGGUGAAGUUCUGGCUGUUGGUAGCGGGGUGAAGAAUAUUAAUAUUGGAGACUGGGUGCUCAUGGCUAGUGCUGGCCUCGGUAAGAUUCUUGGCUUCAUGACUGCAGAAGUGAAAUUCAAAGAAUUACAGGCCAAUUAUAACAGUACUAUAAGCUUCUUUCUCAAUCUGCAGUAUUGAAUAACGGUAUUUCCUAAAGCAGAGAUUUCUAUUCCAAGUUACUGUACACUCCUGGCCUUACUAUUCUAUAGAUAUUGUCAGUUAUCAAUAUAUAAAAUCUCCACAAUUGCACUGAGUAAUUUUACAUGAAAUUCAAACAAAUUUCCUUGGGAUAAAAUAUUUUAGGCUGUUGGACAGAAAAGAAAGUUUUAAAUGAAAAGGACGUUUUAAAGAUUCCUGUGAAAGAAGGUCUACCAGUUGAAGUUGCUGCGAUGUUGUCUGUUAAUCCCUGUACUGCUUAUAGGAUGCUGAAAGAUUUCGAAUAUUUGCAUCCAGGUAUAUUGAAGUAUAUACUGUUAUUCAUGGAUGCUAGUUGUCUUUUUAUGAUGAAAGUAUUGUAUUAAAAGAUGUAUUCAUUUUCGACUGUAAAUCAACUUAGUCUGAACAAGAUUAUAUUAAACUAUAAUGAUACAUGCACUUUCAAAUCACUGUGUCGUCAUUCAGGUGACGUAAUUCUUCAAAAUGGCGCUAACAGUGGAGUAGGUCAGGCGGUUAUACAGCUUUCUGCAAACUGGGGAAUUACUUCACUUAAUGUUGUCAGAGAUCGGUAAGAAAUCUAUAACACUGUGUUAAAACACCGUGCUAAUACAGGCACCUCUCUAAUAUAGACAUCUCUCUAAUACAGACACCCCUCUAAUACAGACAUCUCUCUAAUACAGAUACCUCUCUAAUGCAGACAUCUCUCUAAUACAGACACCUCUCUAAUACAGACACCUAUCUAAUACACACACCUCUCUAAUACAGACAUCUCUCUAACAUGGGUACCUCUCUAAUACAAAUACCUCUCUAUUACAGACAUCUCUCUAAUACAGGAAACACUCUAAUACAGACACCUCUCUAGUAAAAACAACUCUCUUACUUACGUCUACGAUUUUGUUUUUGGAAACAGAGACAACUUUGAAGAACUAAAAGAAAAUUUGACAUCUCUUGGAGCAACUUAUGUAGUCACAGAAGACGAAUUUCAAAACGCGAAUAAGAUUAAAGAAAUUUUAAAGGUAAAGAUUGUUUAUAAAAUCAUUGGAACGUAACAUACAUGCAUGCGUAGCUUCGACUUCGUUCUUUUGAAAACAGACAGAAACUUCAAACAUUAUGUAAGACUGAAUAAAAUUCAAAAGAAAUAGAAAUGGAGUCGAGGCUAUGCGUGUAGUAAUUCUGAAAACGCCCUAGUAAUUCUGCAAACGGUCUAUGACAGUACAGAUCUCAUCAACUGAUAUAAUUGAUAUAUAAUUUAAUUAGUAGUAUUAUUAUUGUGAAUAUUUGAUUUAUAUCUAGGAUCAUAAACCACCAAGACUGGCAUUUAAUUGUGUCGGUGGAAAGAGUUCUACUCAGUUGAUCAGAUAUUUAAGGUAUGAUUUAGUUACGAUAUUGAUAUGUUUAACAAUAUAUAGUUUGGCUUAAUGGUGCAUUUCGUGACUCAGAGGUGGAGGUUUGGCGAUUUCAAGUUUUAAGUUUGGACAAUCUCAGUUGAAUGUCAUGUAGUUGACUUGGCAGACUGCUUGCGAGGAUUUAAAAUUGGCUCAGGUGCGGUGCGUUAAAUUGUUUUAUUUCUAACAGUGAAAAAGGAACUAUGGUCACUUAUGGAGGAAUGUCUAGGAAACCUAUAACUGUUCCAACGGUUCGUGUACUUCGCAAUUUUAUUUUUAUUUUAGAACUCAGUAUAACAAUUGUGUAAAAAUGUUUCCCUUUGCUCUUUAGAGUGCAUUUAUUUUCAAAGAUAUUCAACUGAGAGGUUUUUGGAUGACUAAAUGGAAUGAAUAUAAUUUGAACAGUAAGUUAUAACGCGUGUUUUAACAUAACAUACAUACAUACAAAUUUACUUAUUUAGUUUCGUGACAUGGGCAAUCACGUUUCAAUGUGCAAGAGCAUAACAUGUCUAUCGCAAUUUUUCUACAACAAAGCCUGAAAUACAACUAGCAUCUUUGGAGCUUUCAUUCCUUGAGCUGUGUUUUCCUUUAGGCCCGGAAAGAACAAUGAUGUUGGAAGAUUUAUGUGAGAUGGCUAAAUGUGGUGAUUUUACAACUCCAGAUUGCGAAACAUUUCAAUUGAACGAUUAUGAAAAUGCCUUGCUGAAUUCUGUCUCGUCUUUUACAAAAAAGUCGUUAUUCUUGAUGAAUUCGGGAAGAAGCUGAACGGAAAAGGAGAUCAAAAAUAGGAAGACAGGAAAAGAGAAAAUAGGAAGGGAAAUUCAGCGAUGGAUCGCGUGCAUUUAGCAACUAACACACUUGUCACUGUGGUCGUGUGGAUUGCGCUGUAGAUCAGUCGAAACACGACCUGAAUUGAUGAGCUGAAAUGGUUUUUCUUGAUGGUCGUGCAAAAAUAGUCACUGUGCAUUGCGCUGUAGAUCAGUCGAAACAUGACCUGAAUUGCUGAGCUGAAAUGGUUUUUCUUGAUGGUCGUGCAAAAAUAGACACUUAAUUGUCACUGUGCAUUGUGCUGUAGCAGUGUAGGUCAGUCGAAACAGCUGAAAUGGUUUUUCUUGAUGGUCGUGCAAAAAUAGACACUUGUCACUGUGCAUUGUGCUGUAGAUCAGGAUGUUUUUGCUUUUGUAUAUUUUUACUUAGUUAUAAAUUUAAAACCGGAUCACACGAGUGCCAUAAGAGUUAUUCAUUCAUUAAAGCUUUCUGUAAACUGGAACAAUUGUAUAACAAUUGUAACUAUAGACAGGUGAGUUUUAUAUAUGCAAAGAUGUGAAUUUUUUAUAUUACAAACGUUAGCCCAAUUUGUCUACAAACUUUACCUUUUGGGCUUUGCAAAUUAGUUCAAUGCUUCACUACAUCUCUUUGUUAGGAACAAUCAUGAAUAAUAAAAAACAUAAAACUUUAAAAAAACGCAAAUAAUUU